UGAGGCAAGGAUUGGAUAUUAUAAAGGCAGAAACUCACACGUGUGAAUCCCGACCGAAAUGUUUCACACGCGUGAAGUGGGUCCACGUCCAUUCCUCCACCACCCUGUACAGCAACAGAGGUCCAGUCCACCACUAUGCAAAAAGGCAAAGUAGGGAGCUUCUUUGUAUAUUUUUCAUAGAUUCAUCAGAUCCUACCAAAAGCAAAACCACACUCUUCAUUCUACACCCUCCCACAAUCUCCAUCUCCAUUGCUACUUCUUUUUCUUCUUCAAAACAAACUCAUUCUCUCCAUCCAAGGCUCUUUGGAACGGUUCAUUUUUUAAUUCAAAAACACUUGUGAACUAAGAUUCUAUAUUUGAAAUUCUUCUGAAAGUUGAAUCUUUGAGCUGAGAAGAUGCAGAGGCCUCCGCCAGAAGAUUUUCUGUUGAAAGAGACCAAACCCCACCUUGGUGGUGGUAAGAUUUCUGGAGACAAGCUUACUAGUACCUAUGACCUUGUUGAGCAAAUGCAGUAUCUUUAUGUGAGGGUUGUGAAGGCUAAAGAGCUACCUUCUAAGGAUGUUACGGGAAGUUGUGACCCUUAUGUUGAAGUUAAGCUUGGUAACUAUAAAGGGACUACUAGGCAUUUUGAGAAGAAGACUAAUCCUGAGUGGAGUCAGGUUUUUGCUUUUUCUAAAGAUCGGAUUCAGGCUUCUGUUCUUGAGGUUACUGUGAAAGAUAAGGAUGUUGUGAAGGAUGAUUUUAUUGGGCGUGUUUGGUUUGACCUUAACGAGGUACCGAAGAGGGUUCCUCCGGAUAGUCCUCUUGCACCGCAGUGGUAUAGGUUGGAGGAUAGGAAGGGGGAUAAGGCAAAAGGGGAACUGAUGCUGGCUGUUUGGAUGGGUACACAAGCUGAUGAAGCUUUUCCUGAGGCGUGGCAUUCAGAUGCGGCCACUGUUAGUGGGACGGAUGCUCUUGCAAACAUUAGGUCGAAGGUUUAUCUAUCUCCUAAGCUUUGGUAUUUGAGGGUUAACGUGAUUGAAGCACAGGACUUGCAGCCGUCUGACAAGGGAAGAUUUCCGGAGGUUUACGUGAAGGCUAUUUUGGGAAAUCAGACCUUGAGGACUAGAAUAUCUCAGAGCAGGAGUAUCAAUCCAAUGUGGAACGAGGAUUUGAUGUUUGUGGCGGCAGAACCAUUUGAGGAGCCACUAAUUUUGAGUGUGGAAGAUAGAGUUGCGCCUAACAAAGAGGAACUGCUAGGGAAGUGUGUUAUUCCUUUACAGAUGAUGGACCGGAGACUCGAUCAUAAACCUGUGAACACCAGAUGGUUCAAUAUUGAAAAGCACGUUGUUAUUAUGGAAGGGGAUAAGAAAAAGGAAAUCAAGUUUUCGAGCAGGAUUCAUAUGAGGGUCUGUUUAGAAGGUGGUUAUCAUGUACUGGAUGAAUCUACUCACUACAGUAGUGAUCUUCGGCCAACUGCGAAACAGCUGUGGAAGUCCAAUAUUGGAGUUCUUGAAGUUGGGAUAUUGAAUGCUUCAGGUUUGAUGCCGAUGAAAACAAGUAACGGUAGGGGGACAACAGAUGCUUAUUGUGUAGCCAAGUAUGGACAGAAGUGGGUGCGGACGAGAACCAUCAUCGAUAGCUUUGCACCAAGGUGGAACGAGCAGUAUACUUGGGAGGUUUUCGAUCCAUGCACUGUCAUUACAAUAGGUGUAUUUGAUAACUGUCAUUUGCAUGGUGGUGGUGAUAAACCUGGUGGACAGAGAGAUUCAAAAAUAGGGAAGGUAAGAAUCCGUCUUUCCACACUUGAGACUGACCGGGUUUACACACAUUCCUAUCCUCUUCUAGUUCUUCAUCCAACUGGGGUGAAGAAAAUGGGAGAAAUUCAAUUGGCUGUAAGGUUUACUUGCUCUUCUUUGCUUAACAUGAUGCACAUGUAUUCAAAUCCUUUGUUGCCUAAGAUGCAUUACAUUCAUCCGUUAACUGUAAGCCAGCUCGACAGUCUGAGGCAUCAAGCCACUCAGAUUGUUUCAAUGAGAUUGAGUCGUGCCGAGCCGCCCUUGAGAAAGGAGGUAGUGGAAUAUAUGCUGGAUGUAGGUUCCCACAUGUGGAGUAUGCGACGAAGCAAAGCGAACUUUUUCAGAAUCAUGGGAGUUUUGAGUGGAUUAAUUGCUGUUGGAAAAUGGUUUGACCAAAUCUGCAAUUGGAAAAACCCUAUCACAACAGUUCUGAUUCACAUCUUGUUUAUAAUACUUGUCAUGUACCCUGAACUUAUCUUACCAACAAUUUUCCUUUACCUCUUUUUGAUUGGAGUUUGGUACUAUAGAUGGAGACCAAGGCACCCUCCUCACAUGGACACACGUCUCUCGCAUGCAGAUUCCGCACACCCUGACGAGCUAGAUGAAGAGUUCGACACAUUCCCGACCACAAGACCUUCCGACAUCGUGAGAAUGCGAUACGACCGUCUUAGAAGUAUCGCAGGUAGAAUACAAACUGUUGUCGGCGAUUUGGCUACUCAAGGUGAAAGACUGCAGUCUUUGCUUAGCUGGAGAGAUCCAAGAGCUACUGCACUGUUUGUACUAUUCUGUUUGAUUACUGCUAUUGUUCUUUAUGUGACUCCAUUUCAAGUUGUGGCUCUUCUCAGUGGAAUUUAUGUGUUGAGACAUCCAAGGUUUCGGCACAAGCUCCCUUCAGUGCCACUCAAUUUCUUCAGAAGGUUGCCUGCAAGAACUGAUUGCAUGCUUUGAAGUUGGACUAGUGGAAUUGGAUUGGAAUGUGCAGAAAAACAGAAAUGGAAAAUUUGGUUGUUUUUUAAUUGUUUGUUCUCCACCAGAUUUUGUGGAAUUGUAGUUUCAAUUAUGUCAUAGAAUUUUAUUAUAUUUUGGAGCUUAUGGUACUACUAGUUGUUAAAUUAAAAUGUCUAAUUUUGUAGGGUGAGUUGAAAUUAAUUUGUCUUUAAUCAACUUCAUGUUUAAUUAGAUGCAGUAAAGAACUUUCUCUAAUGGAAACUUGGUCAAUGGUGAUUUUCUUUUUA